CAUUUUACCUGAUUUAUAAAUAAUAGCUUGACUCGCUCAGUUCUCACUCCCCUCAACUCACCCGAGUCACACCGAUUUUUAACCACCACCGCAAAGUCCCCUCUCCAGCAGCACCAAACCAACCUCAAUCUUACUCAUUCCAUGUACACACCCCCAAAAUUCCCCCGAAUCAUCGCCUUUGCCACCAAAAUACCAAUCCGAUAACCCCCGACCCGAACCCGAGUACGAUGGAUCCGAGCCCUUCUAAUGAGGAAUUUGUUCACAUCGAAAACCCUAGCGAUAACGAUAAUCACUUAAGCGAAAGCAUAGUUGACGUUGCUAAUGAACUUAGCGAAGAUGAUGAUAAAAAUGACGACGUGGUGGAGAGGAAGGAGCUCCCAGAGGAACUUUCUAGAAGCGUGAUGGUCCUCACGUGCGAGUCGAAAGCUGAAGGUGGCAUGUGUGUCGUGCACUUAGUUGGUACUGCUCAUGUUUCUCAGGAAUCAUGCAGGGAAGUACAAGCUGUAAUCAGUUACUUGAAACCGCAGGUUGUAUUUCUGGAAUUAUGUGCGAGUAGAGUGGCUUUGCUUUCGCCUCAGAAUUUAAAGGUACCAACAAUGGGGGGAAUGAUAGAGAUGUGGAAGAAAAAUCAUAACACCUUUGGAAUUCUUUAUAGCUGGUUUCUUGCCAAGGUUGCUGAUAAGCUCGAAGUUUUUCCUGGUUCUGAGUUCCGGGUAGCAUUUGAAGAAGCAAGAAAGUAUGAGGGCAAGGUAGUGCUUGGUGAUCGUCCUGUACAGAUUACAUUGCGGAGGUCAUGGGGUAAAAUGCCAGUUUGGCAUAAAGUAAAAUUUCUGUACUCGUUAAUUUUUCAAGCAUUAUUUUUACCAAGCUCCGAGGAUCUUGAGAAAAUGCUAAAAGAAAUGGAUGAUGUUGACAUGCUGACUCUAGUCAUUCAAGAAAUGAGCAAGCAGUUCCCCACUCUUAUGGAAACCCUUGUGCAAGAGCGAGAUCAGUACAUGUCAUCAACCCUUCUAAGAAUUGCGAAAGAACAUAAUUCAGUCGUUGCAGUUGUUGGAAAGGGGCAUUUGCAAGGGAUUAAGAGGCAUUGGGAGCAGUACAUUGAGUUGAAGGAUCUUAUGGAACUUCCUUCACAGAAAUCAGCUGUUUCAGCUUGGAAGGUUCUUGCAUCGCUAGGUGUUGCAGUUGCUGGUGUGGCUAUUGUUUCAGGCAUUUAUCUUUCACGCAAGAAAUAGUUAACAAGAGCUUCAAUUUGCAUCAUUGGAUCAUUUACGAAACUCAAUUCUUAGUCACAAUUCACAAAGUAUUCUUUCAAAGCAUGUUUGAUUGGCCAGAGAACAAAUAAGGACAUAACAAAUAGUCCUACUAGGGUUCCUGUAUACAUACGUGUAACUACUUGAAAGUUGCUUUUAUACAGUCGUCUUAUGGGAGUUCA